AAUAUUCCUUAGACAAAAAUGCAAAACAUUGGCACAAAAUGCUGGUAAACUGACCAACACGAGGGAUCGUUUCAGGAAACGUUUCACAUACAAAAAUAAUACAUUUUACAUUGGUUUCUGACUGAAAUAUUUGACUAGACAAAAUGGCAGCCUCCUUACAACGCAUUGGAAUAGUUAUCUGCCGCACAUUUCCUGUCAUUUUACAACGAAAUAUUCAAGCACAGAGAAUCCGUGAUUGGAAAAUAACUGCUCCAGUGCUGCGACUGAAUUUUCGUGCUUUAUCAUCAUCAUCAUCAUCAUCAUCUGCUGAUGACACCGAUUCAGCUGAGGUACUGUCUAGAUAUUCAGACAGACCAUGGGAGUACUUAGAAAGUGAAGAGUACAUUGAGCGCUAUGGAUCAAAGCCUGUGUGGUCUAACUAUAGGAGGAACCAUAAGGGGGGUGUCCCUCCUCAAAAGACAAGAAAGACCUGUAUUAGAGGUGAUAAGAUAUGUGGCAACCCUUGUCCCAUCUGUCGUGAUCCAAACAUCAUUGUCCAUUACAAGAACGUGAACCUGUUGCAGCAGUUUGUUAGUCCUCAAACAGGAAUUGUGUAUGAUCCCUCUCUAACCGGUGUGUGUAUCAAACAACAGAAGCUUCUUAACAAGGCCAUUGAAACUGCUAGAGAUUGUGGUUUACUUUCUGCCCAGUUACCUCAUGUUGAUUACUCCAAAGAGGACUACUCGAACACUCAUGGUGCAGUAGCACCAACCCCUGCUCCAUUUUCUCUCAGCUCUGGAGAACUGUGGUAUCAGUGGUAUGGAAGUAUAAAACCAGAUGAGCGAGAACUUGCAAGAGUGAAGCGGAUAUACAAAGACUACUUGAAACCAGAUGUUUGAAUCUUGUUUUAAAAGACAUUAGAGCAGAUGCCAUGUACUUUACAUGAGAACAAGGCAGUUAGGGAUAGACUUACAAUCUUUACAAUGGCAGGUCCUAAAUCACAUGCAAUUUUUAAAACUCAUUUAUGGCAUUUUGUCUACUGAAAGCUUUUUGGAAAGACAUUAUCAAAUGAAAGAAAUCGUUAUGUUGUUAAACAGCAGUACAACCCAUUAAAUGCACUGUACUUCUAUCCCUCACAAACUCAUUUUCAUUCCUGUCAAAAAUUACAUAUUGUGCUACCCAUACUAAAGUCUAUUUAAAUAGCGGUUGGAAGUUUGAUCCAAAUUAUGUUUCCAUAACAGUACUUAUGAGCAAGAAGAAAAUGUUCAUGUUGUUACAUUUUGUCCAUGCAAGACAAGCAUAAUAUAUGAAACAUCAAAUAAAAACUCUCAUAAACUUGA